UCAGAGGCCUCACGCCACAUUUCUCUUCCCCAUGAAAAAACCGCUGGACAAGUGACCGGUCGAACUACCGGCUUUUCACUCUCUCUCUUCUUUUUUAUACCCCCGAAUUAGCUCUUUCUUUCUUCGCGUUACUCUCCGUGUUAGCUCUCUCUCUAGACUCGAUCUCUGUUUCUAAUAUCUAUUCUUCCAUUAUUAGUAAUGGCUGGCGAUAAGAAGAUUAAGAUCGGUAUCAAUGGGUUUGGAAGAAUUGGUCGUUUGGUUGCUAGAGUCGCACUUCAGAGAAAUGAUAUUGAACUCGUAGCUGUUAACGAUCCUUUCAUUUCUACUGAUUAUAUGACAUAUAUGUUUAAGUAUGAUACAGUUCAUGGUCACUGGAAGCACACCGAUGUUAAGGUCAAGGACGAAAAGACACUUCUCUUUGGUGAUAAGCCAGUCACUGUUUUCGGGAUCAGGAACCCAGAGGAGAUUCCAUGGGGUCAGACUGGUGCCGAGUUUGUUGUUGAAUCCACUGGAGUUUUCACUGACAAGGAAAAGGCUGCUGCGCACUUGAAGGGUGGAGCUAAGAAGGUUGUUAUUUCUGCCCCCAGCAAAGAUGCACCCAUGUUUGUUAUGGGUGUCAACGAGAAGGAAUACAAGCCAGAACUUGACAUUGUUUCCAAUGCAAGCUGCACCACCAAUUGCCUUGCCCCCUUGGCCAAGGUCAUUCACGAUAGAUUUGGAAUUGUUGAGGGUCUCAUGACCACUGUCCACUCCAUUACUGCCACUCAGAAGACUGUUGAUGGGCCGUCAAUGAAGGACUGGAGAGGUGGAAGAGCUGCUUCCUUCAACAUUAUUCCUAGCAGCACUGGAGCUGCCAAGGCUGUUGGAAAGGUUCUCCCAGCACUUAAUGGAAAAUUGACUGGAAUGGCCUUCCGUGUUCCAACGGUGGAUGUUUCUGUUGUAGAUCUCACUGUAAGACUUGAAAAGAAUGCAACAUACGAGGAAAUAAAAAAUGCCAUCAAGGAGGAAUCUGAGGGUAAGCUCAAGGGAAUUUUGGGUUACACCGAAGAUGAUGUGGUGUCCACCGACUUUGUUGGUGAUAGCAGGUCAAGUAUUUUUGAUGCCAAGGCUGGAAUUGCUUUGAACGAAAAGUUUGUGAAACUUGUCACUUGGUAUGACAAUGAAUGGGGCUACAGUACCCGUGUGCUUGACUUGAUCCGUCACAUUGCCUCCACUCAGCCUUGAAGAAAUUGAUGAUGAUUUUUGAUUGCUGUAUUGAGUUUGAAUGUUGAUGCAGCCUUGAAGAAAUUGAUGCUCGCUUCUGAUGUUUAAAUAAAAAUUUGAGUUCAGAUCUUCUGUGUUUGGUUUUGGGUUUUAGUUAUCAAGCUAUUGAGUUAUAAAACCAUAUGACUUUCAUGGGAAGAUUUCCAUCUUGUUUAACACAA